CAAUCUUAAACCAGUAAAAGCUAAAAUCUUUCAAGUUCUGCGAUGCCCACAGACGCCCCUGCCGCCCGGCGACAAGCUACGUCGCCCAAUAACGAGUCCCUGAGGCUCAAGAAAAGGGAGUCAGACCGCAAGGCCCAGCGCAUCUCACGCGAGAGGACCAAGAACCGCAUCGCCUAUCUCGAGGAUCUUGUUCAGAAGCUGAGCAGCGGAGAUGAUAACGGCAAGACCUUAUCAUUAAUGGCCCAACUGUCACAGGUAACGGAGCAGCGGGAUUCGCUGGUUCGCUUUCUUGAUUCCACAUCCUCGUCCUUGACUAAGCGUCUCUCCGAUGCGAAGAACUGGGAGAGCAGGACUUCACCCGAGGAGCAGCCUCAAGUACAGCCAAGCGUAUCUGGUACUAUUUACAGGGAAUUUCCUGCGUUGCUACCGGACUUGGUGGAGACGUUUCCGGCCGACAAUGAGCUUGGUCUGUUUUCGCCUGACUUCGCUAGGACCCUCCCGACCCCAAAGGACACAGCAUUAGACGGCGACCAGACAUGUAUAAACCAAGAGUUCGGGACAGAGCAAGAUCGCCUCCUGCCUCCAGCUACGUACAGUGUAUCGCAUGGCUACUCCGUUGUUAACGCGAUUCCAGCCGCGUCAGCGUCUGCAUCAGAUCAGAAAUCCCAUUGCGAUUGCACUUCCUCAGAAACAAGGCGGCUCUCGGAUGGAUCAGUGGUUAGCCGAAACAUAUGGCAAGCGGGCAACCAGGCCUUAAAGGACCCUACACUCCUAUCGGCCUCGAUGCUUGAGUUAGAACACAACGCCAGUGAUGAUGUCCCAAUACGCGUUGUGCUUUAUGGCUGGGAUCAUCUUGCGCAGUCGGGGAAAAUGACAUUACUUUGGAAGAGGAUUCGGCACCUCGACGAGAUUUGCUUUUCUGCUUGUGGCCAGGUAGAGCGUCUUGCCGUGAUUCACAUGGUUCACCGCUACAUGCGCGCCUACGCCAACCCAACAUCAGCCAACACUACCAUUUUGCCGCGAUGGUAUAUGAAAUCGUUUGUCUCAACCUCCUUCCACUUCACUCACUACCUAACUGGGUUGCCCAAGUACGUCAUCACAGGAUAGCUCUGGCCAUCCAGCCGUUGACUACCUUGCCUGGCCGUCCCUACGCCGUCAAUUUAUAGACUACCCGCAUCGAUACUGUAGUAACCUAUUCUGGCACAUGUUUGGAGAGCACCUGCGGAUCUCAUGGCCCUACGAAUUCCGUGAUGCGUAUAUCAUCAACGCAGGGCUCGGUAGGUAUAGCCUUUCGUCCCUAUUCAGGGACACAAUCUCCAAUCUCGGCUCUUGGGCCAUGCAUUCGGAUUUCUUUUACCAUUUCCCUGCACUUGUUCAGGACGUGCCCAAGUUCCAGCAAGAUAGUCUUCCCGUUACUAUUCAUUCUUUGCGUUUUCAGCCCAACUCAUUAGGGUACUUGUCUCAAAGUCGAACUCCGUCACAUCAGGGCACUCUUAAGGAUACGCGUGGCACAAUUUCUGAUGCUUCUAAGGAUGGUGAGGACGAUCAGGGAUGGAGUUGCGAUCCUAACUCCGGACAUUAUAACUGGUUUUUGGACGACCUUUAGCCUUAUUAUUUACUUUAUAUCCAAAUUCUUUAAUUAUCAAGUCAUGUUUCUUUUUCUUCUUGACUAGGUAUUUAACAACGAGAGAAGUAAC